AUGACCACCCUUCUCAAAACCAUCCCAGUCAGUCUUCUCUCUGUUCUUCUCGCCCACGCUGCCUUCUCCCGCUUUUCGCACGGCAAGUUCGCACCAUGGUGGUACGCUUUUCAAAUAUACCAUGCACCAGACGAUGGGUCAACGGCUGCCAUUAUCACGCCUUAUAUCGACCUCCUUAUCAGCGUGGUUUUACUAUUUGGGAGACAGAGCCUAAGGAUCUCUGCUGCGGCCGUUAGCCUGCUCUUCUUCGUUAUAGGGCUGGCUAUGCAAGUUGCUGCCGGGAAGAAGUAUAUAGGGGAUGUUGCCCUCGUUGUACUUGGGAUUACUGCUGUUUGGGGGAUAUUGACGACAUCUGAGGAGACACGGGGCAAUCAGGCUUCAGCUUUCAGCAGAGGCUUCUGGGUUAUAUCUAUCUCCGCUGUGCUUUUCCAGCUUUUUAUAGCAUUCUAUUGA